AUGAGCUCCCCCUCCCACACCCCCAUUCCGUCCCCCACCCAAUCCCCCUCCCAGUCCCGCUCCAACAACAUCGUCGCCCCUCCCGCCCAGCAGCCGUACGCCAGCUCGGGGGGCUCCGCCCCGUCCCCCUCCCCGACCCGGGGAGGGCCCUCGUCCCGGCCGCCCUCCCACCCGCCCACCCCCACCACCUCGCAGCCGUCGUCGCGGGCGUCCUCGCUGACGCCCAGCCCCCACACCCAGCAUGCGGCCCGCGGCGGCGGCCAGCUGCCCACGCCGCCCCCGUCCAAGUCCCCCUCGCAGUCCGGCUUCAAGGCGCCGUCGCGCAACCCCUCGCUCACGCCCGCCGCGCCCUUCGUGCGCUCGCCCUCGCAGAGCCCGGCGCCCUCGGCCUCGUACAUCGGGCCGGUGCGCGGCAUCCCGUCCUACAUCGCCCCCUACGUGCCCCGCCUCCUGAAGGAGCCGCCCUUCUUCGAGCCGCCCACCGCGCCCCUGCCCCAGGCCCGCUGCGCCCCCUGCGCCGCCCCCUGCCGCGCGCGGGAGCCCCCGCCGCCGCCGCCGCCGCCGGCCUCGCUCUACCUCCCGCUGCUGCCCCCGCCGCCGCCGCACCCGCAGGCCGCCUGCCCCUUCCGGACGCCGCCCGCCCUGUUCACGCCGCCCUCGUCCCUGUCCUACUGCCCGCCCGCCGAGGUGCUGCUGCGCGGCCGGCCGCACGUGGUGCCGUCCGUGCUGCCCGCCACCUUCUACACGCCCUUCUCGCGCUACUACUCGCAGCCGCGGCCGCGCCGCGCCCUGCCGCGCCGGCGCCCCAGCGCCUUCCCCCUGCCCUCGCUGCCCGGCCUGCCCUUCGACGGCAGCGGGCGCUCGGUGCACUUCUAUCGUGGCUCCUAG